AUGUCUGGCCGCGGUAAAGGAGGCAAGGGUCUGGGAAAAGGGGGCGCCAAGCGCCACCGUAAGGUUCUGCGCGACAACAUCCAGGGCAUCACCAAGCCCGCCAUCCGGCGCCUGGCCCGCCGCGGCGGCGUCAAGCGCAUCUCUGGCCUCAUCUACGAGGAGACCCGCGGGGUCCUCAAGGUGUUCCUGGAGAAUGUGAUCCGCGACGCCGUCACCUACACGGAGCACGCCAAGCGCAAGACUGUCACCGCCAUGGACGUGGUCUACGCGCUCAAGCGCCAGGGACGACGUGCUCCUACCUUAUUGGAUAUCAGAAAUGGCGCUCAAACCAUGGCUCGCACAAAGCAGACGGCUCGCAAGUCCACCGGCGGCAAGGCGCCGCGCAAGCAGCUCGCCACCAAGGCAGCCCGCAAGAGCGCGCCGGCCACCGGCGGCGUCAAGAAGCCCCACCGCUACCGGCCCGGCACCGUGGCCCUGCGCGAGAUCCGCCGCUACCAGAAGUCCACCGAGCUGCUGAUCCGCAAGCUGCCGUUCCAGCGCCUGGUGCGCGAGAUCGCGCAGGAUUUCAAGACCGACCUGCGCUUCCAGAGCUCGGCCGUGAUGGCGCUGCAGGAGGCCUGCGAGGCCUACCUGGUGGGGCUGUUUGAGGACACCAACCUGUGUUCUCUACUCACCAUGUCUGGUCGUGGCAAGGGCGGGAAGGGUCUCGGCAAGGGCGGCGCUAAGCGCCACCGCAAGGUCCUGCGCGACAACAUCCAGGGCAUCACCAAGCCCGCCAUCCGGCGCCUGGCCCGCCGCGGCGGAGUCAAGCGGAUCUCUGGCCUCAUUUACGAGGAGACCCGCGGGGUCCUCAAGGUGUUCCUGGAGAACGUGAUCCGCGACGCCGUCACCUACACGGAGCACGCCAAGCGCAAGACUGUCACCGCCAUGGACGUGGUCUACGCGCUCAAGCGCCAGGGACGCACCCUCUACGGCUUCGGCGGCUGA